AUGGGAGCUUGCGCAUCAUGUUUGGGACGGGCUGACGGCAACAGCUACGAUGAGGAGGAAGAAAGCCGCCUACUUUACGACGAGGCAAAUGGAAUGCAAUACGGUAGCUUUGGAGACCAGGCAAUAAAUGGCGAGAACGAUACUCUCGAAGCCCAACGCGAAAACGAGGCUUUACAACGAGUAAUAGCCAAAACAUCAGAUAACAUGGUAGAUAUCUUCGACAUCGCGCCUCAAGAGAACGGAAAUCGUGGAACCACAACCCCCUUCGCCUAUGCUGGCCAGGGUGCACGUCUUGCCCGAUAUCAGCAUCUCGUGGCAAAACUCAGUAACCAGGGCGACAACACUCCUGUGAGCGGCGUCAAGGUUGACUGGCUGCCUGAAGACGAGACGAUAGAGAUGCAGAAGAACGGUCCGGCCAGCAUUAAGACGAUAGACAGUGACGAUGGCCCCCUUGUGGGGACAUUUGCUGAUGCGGCAGCGGCAAUGCAGUGA